AUUAAGCUGGUUUAUUCAUCUUGUUUAGAAAUAUAGAGGUCAAUGGUAUAACUGACCAUUCACACUCUCACCACUGAACAGAACACAAUUUGAUUUGAGACAAACAUACAGUGUAAAUUGUUUGGUCGUCCUAAGUAUCAUGGAUAGGCCUAUGUCAGAUCGAUACAGAAGCCAUAACCGGACUCGACUUCACAUCGCUGCUGCUACUGGUCAACUUCUCGUCCUUCAUAGUCUGAUUCGGGAAGGUCAAAGUGUCAACAGAAGAACAUCUGAGGGCAUAACAGCCUUACACGAAGCAUGUGGGACCAACCAUGUGUACUGUGCUCGCAAUUUAAUCAAAGCAAAUGCAGAUCUGAAUGCUUGUGACAUCAUGGGUGCCAUGCCUUUGAACCAUGCUGCAAGCACUGGUAGUGUUGAAUGUGUCAAAUUGUUGCUUGAGUCUGGAUGUGAUGUCAAUCCCAAGAUGACUACACGUUCACCAUUACAUGAGGCUGCCCUCAAUGGUAGUGAAGAAUGCGUGAAGUUGCUCCUUGAUGCCGGUGCGGAACUUGACCUGCAAGACCAACAUUUUGGAACGCCUCUUCAUUGUGCAUGCGAUUAUUCAAACCUAGCGUGUGCGCGUUUACUUUUAGAAACAGGGUCUAAUGUGAAUGCUGUGGUACCCCAAACAUAUCACACUCCUCUGCACUUAGCGGCAAAAAACAAACAUGAGAAACUCAUACGACUUCUAAUGGACUACGGGGCAACUCCAUUUGUUCAGGAUCGCAAACAUAAAUAUCCGUGGGACUUAAUAGACGAAGACUGCGACGCAGCGACCACACUCUACCAAUAUCAUAGUAAUACAGUUACCUUAAAGCAAAUUUGUCGGUUAGAAAUACGGAAGCACAUCAGCUGCAGUCGGUUGGAUUCCGUUGACCAUCUUGCAAUACCGGAUAGUCUCAGAUGUUACCUGCAGUACAAAUAAACUUUUAUAUGGACCAUGCACAAUACUUUCAUGAAGCCAUUAAACUGGUUUUAGUAAUUUUAGUAAUGCAUUGAAUUGCAUUGAAAUUACGGGUUUCCCAUAAGUUUUAAAAACAUGAUAAUUUUGAAAGUGUUUCGUAAAUUUUUAAAAAGUUAUAUAAGUGUAUAUUUUCAACUUUUUGUCUAUCAACAUUACUACACUGAUGUGGGUUUAAGCGGACUUCUAAUCCCAGGAUACUGGGUUCGAAUCCUGUCCAUUUCAGGAUUUUUUUCAUAAUUAAAAAACAACUCAA